AAGCUUUUGGCAAGUCAUGGAAGAAGAUAGCCAGACCAUCCACUGGGUCGCUCUUUCAAUAAGAUCGCUGGCACAUAUUAUCGAGGCAUGACCUCUCGCUACGCUCAUCUUUUGGCACAGUCUGGUAUCACACGGGAAAUGGCUUCUCAUAUCUAUAUUGAACAUCGGGGCCACGAAGACGGGUCAUGGACCAAUCUGUCAACGACAAAGCCAACCAUGGACUCGCAAGAACGAUUCAUACCGCGUGAAAGAAGACGCCGUAUACACUGGAGAGCACCGGCGACUAUGGUGUCGUCCUUCGUUGUGGGACUUAUGGGUGCAGCCUCUCAUCAUGCUCUCUACUCAACCUUCAACAACCGCACUAUCGAUUUCGAGCACGAGCAACAAAUCAUAUCAACAACCGGGCUCGCUUUGGCCUUCCUGGUUAAGGUGUCAUUGGUGCUCACCUCUGCUACAGCAUUCACACAGUGUUCAUGGCGCUCACUGAGAUCGGAGCCCAUGAAGAUCCGUUCGCUCGACUCGAUGUUUGACGUCCUUGCAAAUCCACUUCAAUUCCUCUACAUGCAAUUCUGGCUGCGACAUCCUGUUUUAACUCUGACUGCCGCUACCACAUGGCUGAUCCCAUUGUCUGCGAUCUUCACUCCAUCGACACUUUCGGUACGGUCGAUGAUGCACUCGUCUUCGGAUCUACUGCAGGUGCCCCAACGUCAGAAUAACGAUUCACAGCUGACGAUGCUGAAAACCGACGAUGGCUCUUCUUGGAUAUAUUUCGGGAUGUCGACAACCUUCAUCAAAGUGGCAAAUUUGAACAUCCAACAGGGAAAUGUGCUGCCAGUCUCUUCUGGCUUGAGCACGCAGAACCUCACUUACAGCUUGAGCUUCCAGGCCCCCGCUCUCCAUUGUACCGAGCCCGACACCGCCACCACUAUGACCAUCCGCAAUGGACUCUACGACUACAUGAAUCACACUGGAAACAUGAUUUACUGGGCUGGUUUCGUCCCUCAGAGCGACUUUGGGCCAGACACAGUCAAUGCCACAUUCUUUGAAGCUCUAAUUGACGGCGAUGGACAGUAUAAUUUCUCAACUCCCAACCUAGGCUUACAGGCACCAAGCAAUGGCCCAGCGAAAGUCUACCACGUGAUGUACUUCUCAGACAACAUGACUGCCAUCCCGGCCGGUGAUUGGGUUUACCGCAUGGCUGAGUGCUCCCUGCACAAUGCAUCCUACGACGCACGUUUUGAGUUCAACAGUAAUGGGCAGCAGGCGAUCACAGCUAAGCGCCAAGUGCUCAAUGGAAUUGAGGCCGUGCAGUAUCUUCCUACCAAUUUCACUAUCGACCAAGCCGCGGAACGAUUCAACGCCCAGGCUUUCAUGCAAGCGUUCGGUUACUAUGCAAGCGGAACGACAACGAUCGAGGUCGACGGCAACAAUUUCACACCCGGAAGCUCCGUCCAAGUCAACCCGGUCCUUGGCGCAGCAAUUUCAGGCGCCAUGUAUUCCGACCCUGGAUUCUCGAUAACAUGGGAUGAAUUCACAGCGGCCUUGGAGAGCCUCUUCCAGAACUUUACCCUAAGCUAUCGAUAUGGCAACAUGGAAUUUGGAUAUUUACAACAAAAUUACAGCUCCCAUGUCACUACACAGGCCACGCUGAGACAAGCCCUCGACACAUUUACAUACUCGCCUCGUGCACUGUUCAUUUCAUACGGUAUCGCGGUGUUGCUUGCGACCUUGUGCCUCGCGCUGGGCCUUGCGGCGAUGUUCGACAACCGGGUCUCAUAUACGAACAACUUCUCGACGAUCCUGCGCGUGACCAGAGACAGUGCCUUCAGCGCUCUGAUCGAGGACGACGAAGAUGCAAGUGGUGCUGAUCCCCUGCCAAAACAUGUUGCCGAUGUCAUGGUGACCUAUGUUGACCAGGGGGAGAAUGUUGGAGCGGGCGACUCUGUGGCUGGCAUGCGUGUUCUUAGAUGAUGGAAAGGACAUGGCUGCUACGAACACUCCUCAUGACGAACGAGUAAAUUUGAAAUAUAUCAUUCCG